UGUAUUUUAUUUUAUUAUUACUUUAACAUUAUUGCCUGCUCCGUAUGUUAUAAUUCAUUUUUUUCCGCAUAAGCGAAUGGAGCAUACCACAGCUCAUAAGCUGUUUUGAACUGGCGUAGUCUCUUUGACUUGAACUACGACCAACGUGUUUGACCUUUUGUGGCUUUGUGCGUUAGUAAAAUUGUCACCAUUUAGAGUCGGGGAGUGUUGCCAAGAAGUGCAGCAUGCUGCUUCCUUACUUCAUUUUGAUCGCGAGUUCUCUCCUUUCACCACCGGCCUCUGCGUGUGAGCUCACGGCCGAUCAGUCUGUGGAGAAUCCCGUCCGUCUGACUCGCAGUGUGACUGCCAUGGAGACUCACAAAGUGGUGCCGGAUGUGAUUCCUGUUGGACCGGCCGCUGUGCUCACGGUGACCUACCCGGGCGGUGUGACGGUGGACGGUGGUGCCGAGCUGACCCCGACCCAGGUCAAGGAGCAGCCGCAGCUCAGCUGGGCCGCCGAGAGUGGCGCCCUCUAUACCGUGGUGAUGACCGACCCUGACGCCCCGUCUCGGGCCGACCCCAAGUUUGGCGAGUGGCGCCACUGGCUGCUGGUUAAUGUACCCGGUACGGACCUGGCCGCCGGGGACGCCGUGUCCGAGUUCGUCGGAUCAGGACCGCCCAAAGGCACCGGACUGCACAGGUAUGUGUUCCUCGUCUACAAGCAGCCCGGCAAGAUCACUGUGGACGAGGCACUGAGGAAGACCAAAAACCAGGCUAAGGGCCGUGAAAAGUGGAGUGUGUCCAAGUUCGCCGAGCAGCACAACCUCGGCGCUCCUGUGGCCGGAAACCUGUACCAGGCUCAGUGGGACGACUAUGUGCCCCAGCUCUACAAGCAGUUCACCGACUAGGUGAUGGGCCUGAUGAUGGAGGAAGAGGAUGAUGGAGAUGAUGGAGGAAGGGACGAACCUACGGACGGAUGGACGGACUGGCAGAAGAGGAAUGGUCUUCAGACAUCCGGACGGAUUAUUACACAGGAAUGGACAGAAAGGGACGGACGGACGGAUGAAUUGAGUGAAGACCGACGGACGGACGGACGGACGGACUGACAGACAGACUGCCAGACUGACAGAGUGACAGAAGAGGAAUAAUCUUACGGACGGGCGGAUGUUUUGUCAGACAGAUAAGAACGGCCGGCCGACCGGAUGGGCUGAUAACUGGCAGAUAAAACAGAAUAAUAAUUUCUUGGUAAUACGGACAUAGUCAGACAGAAGAAAAGACUAGCGGAUGGACGGACAGACGGACGUACUGAAUUUCAGACAGACGAAAGGACUGUACGAAGGACUGGAUGGUCAUCCGGACCAGCAGACGUAGGAUGGGAGAACCUACGCUACGGACUUACCGAUAUUACGCUGUCGUGGGUUUCACGGCUGUACCGACAUAAGGACCUAAGAGAAAGGACUGACGGACAAACCCUGUCCUUCGAACGGACCGUUUUCUGGCAGUGUCUGCUGUGUUUCGAGCUGAUGAUGAGAAGGGGAGCUAUCUAUGUAACUGAUGCUGUCAUACCGAUGGCUGUAACUGGGUAAACUUUAGCCGCUAUGUAGAUGUGCCACCUUCGGAAUCCACACAGCUAACCACCACACAGCUAACAUAAUUGGAAGACGAUCAGAAAUGAUCAUGCAUCUACUAGAUGGAGUCGACGAAAUAAGGUAAGGUGAAGGAAUCGAAUUCGUACGACUCUGUAUCGUCCUUUUCUUUAGAAGACACCUUGUCGAUAGUGCUAUUUGUUUUCUCCUUGUGAUAGAGACGCUCACCAAUGUCAUUUGGAUAGUAAGAUGCCAUAAUGCUUGGUGUGUUUCGUUUAGCGGCACCCCUCCACCACUACCGAAUUACCACCACCACUAAGGAAUUGCGCGGCUGGAUUUUCCCCCAUGUUACGAGUGCUUGGCUAAGAGAACCAUGUUUCCAUGUUGGCUAGUGAUAAGAGUGAUCGCCUCAAAGGUGAAAUGAUGUCCACAUGACCUUCCUGGUGGAAUGUUCGUGGUGAUUUUUGAAUAAAUUUUUGAUGGCUGUU